AUGAAUGAUAGUUUUAUUAAUAAUAAUGAGAAUGAAGUUACAAUAUUAAGCCAACAAAGCACUUAUUUAACUACUCCAAACUCAAAAUUAAACAAACCUUUAUCAAAUAACAACUCCCCUACUCCGAGAAGUCUAUCACCUUUACGAAGGAAGCAACAGCAACAAAAUACAGCGGAUUUGACUAUAAAGGAUUCAGUAAGAAGUGGCAAUUCAGCCACUAAUACAAGCAGUUCAUCUUCAACAACAACAACAACUUCACAGGAUGAAUUUAAAAUUUUACAAAGAAACUUUGCUGACUCAUUACUCAAUUAUAAUGUAUUGCAGAAUGAAAACAAACGAUUGGAACAUGAAUUGAAUUUGAAACGGGUUCAAUUGGAUAGUCAACAAGAGAAAAUGGAGUUUUAUGAACAAUCUUUAAAAGAGUUGGAAAUUGAUUCAAUUCAUAAACAAGAAAUCUUGACUAAACAAAUUGAGAUGUACAAGAAAAUGAUUGACAAUUUACAAGCAAAAGUGUUUGAAUUAAAUCAAGAAUUAGAAAAGAAGAAAUUGCAGCAAAAUCAUAAUGAUGUUGAUUUACCCUUUGAUGAAGAAUUGAUUCAUAAAUAUGAGAAACUUGUUAGAGAUUAUAAAAUCCUUGAUAGUCAAUUUGAAGUUGAAAAGAAAUCAAAGUUGGUGUUAAUUGAUCAAAUUGAAUUUCUUUCCCAUAAAAAUGAAGAUUUGGUCAAACAAAUUGAAACUCCUACUACUGAAGAUGCCAUUGAUGAUUAUUUGGUUGAUCUAACUGAUAAUGCGACUCAUACCAUGCAUGAAUUAACUGAUGAUGAAUAUAUGGAAGAAGAAGAUGAAUGUGACUACACUCAAGAUUCGAUACUUUCACCUGGUUUAAAUAUUGGAAACAGUGCUCAAUCUUCCCCUAUCAAACAACAACAAAACUACGAUGAUUCAAACUCCUCAGUUAAAGUAUCUCAUGAUUUCCAAUUUCCUCCUUCUCCAGAGAAAAAUUGCAAAGAUCCAAAAAGACAAUCACUACCUAGUGAAUUAAGAAGAACUCUGAAAGUAUCGGAGAAUUCUGAAUUUGUAUUAUCACCAUUUAAAUUGACUCCAUCUUAUUUAUCUGCAGCAGAAGAUACUGGAGUUUUCCCUGAUACCCAUGUUGUUAAAAGAUAUUCUGCCACCAAGCCAACCCAUUCACGUUAUAAUAGUCAUGAUAUAUUACCAAUUAAAGUUGAAUUUGAAAAAGAAUCAGGAAAUAUAAGAAGUACAUCAGUGCCUGAGAAAGUGUUGAGAAAUCAACUGAUUUGUGCAAUUAUUCAAGAAAAUAAUACCGAAUCUGCUAAGAAAGAUCAUAGAAAGGGUACUUUAUCUGCAUUAACUGGAUGUGAUGUUGUUGAUGAAGAACUAAAUUCGUUAUCCAAUAAUUUUGAGCACAAUGCAAGUGAACACGAAUUGGGAUCAUUAUCAUCAUCUAAAAGAUCUAGUUAUAUAACUGGUGGAAGUGGUGGUGAUGAUAAAACACGACAAGAAAUAACAAAAUUGAAGUUUGAAUUACAAUCAUUGAGAUUACAUAAUGAGAAAUUGUUAUCAUUCAUUGGAUUUGAAUUACAGAAACAAAAGAACAACAUUAAGAGAUUGUCUAAAAAACAAUCGAAUAGAACAUUGGGAUUAGCAUCGAAUAAUAGAAACAUUGAAUAUUCCGAUGCUAAAUUAAUUGAAAGAUCAAAAGAUAUUUUAAUAAAUAAAAAGAGAGUAUUAAGAUCUGUGUCGAUAAAUACAGGAUUUACUGAUAGGCUUGCUAGUGACCCAAUCAAUAAUUUAGGAUUAAUGCAACCACACCAGCAGAAUUUGUCAUCCCCACCACUUGAUUCGAAUUAUGAUAAGGGAUUUGUUGACAUUGAAUCCUUGACUAAUAAUCCUACCCAUCAUUUAAAUGAUAAAAUGAUUAAAAAAUUUGCAUCUCAAGUAUUUAACAAUACACCCGCAUUGUAUGAAUUUGAUCUGGAUAGUGACUUUGAAAACACUGCCAACUGGGAAAUUGAAGAAGAGGAGGAAGAGGAAGAGGAAGAAUUGACCAGUUCAUCAGAUGAAGAUAUUGGAGUGUUUAAUCAAAUUAAACAAUUAGUUAUUGGUGGACAAACAAUUAAAGAUAAAAAAUUAAAGAAGCGAAGAGGACAUAAUGAUAAGAAUGAUCAUUUAGUGGAUGAUACAUUGAAAUUUAAAUUCAUGACUAUCGCUCUAGGUAUUGUUAUAAUUGGUUUGAAAUUAACCCCACAAAAUUCUUCUACAAUUGCAAAAUAG